AGUGUGGCGUAUGAGAAGCAGCAGCGAGCCUGUCAAGGCAGAGUCAAGGUUGAUCAGUGAAGGUUUUUCCAACAGCAAUAUUCUCUAGCUUAUCUUUAGCCAUGUUUAGCUGCAGUAUAAGGCGCUUGGCCUCAUAUAGCAGCAAGAGAGUGCUGGAGAGCAGCAGUACAACAUGUAGUACAUGUGCUCGAGGGGUGAGCACCUCGCCAGCAGUACGAGCACUCUUUAAUGUCCAAGACGAAGAAGAUUUUACUGACAGAGUUCUCAAGUCUUCCACCCCAGUGGUGGUCGACUUCCACGCUCAAUGGUGUGGACCCUGUAAACUACUUGGCCCACGUCUAGAGACUAUCAUUGGAGGCAAGGGGGAUAAAGUUCACCUUGCUAAAGUUGAUAUUGACGAUGUUUCAGAUCUUGCACUUGAUUACGGGGUUUCGGCUGUACCUUCUGUCCUUGCAGUAAAGGAUGGCAAAGUUGUGGAUAAGUUUGUUGGUCUACAAGAGGAGUCCAGGAUCGAAGCCUUUGUCAACCGUCUAAUUGGAGAAUAAAAAGGCUUAAUUAAGAUUAUGGCUCUGGAAAUCUGGAAGACUUUAUUCAACAAGUUUAUUUUAUUAUCAGUCAUAGCUAAGCAUAAUGAGGUGUUUUCCUCAAUUUAAAUCAUUCUUUCUAAAUGUAUAUUUUUAUUUUAAGAUAUGAAGAUAUAUCUUGGAUAUAAUAUUUCUCCUCCUAUGCACAUACAUUUGUGAUGUAGACAAAGUAAACCUGCAGGGAAAAUAUGGGCAUGUUAUGAAAUGUAUGACCACAAUUAUUCUCGUUAAAUUUUCUGCAGCACUUAACAUAGUAAUGCACAUUACAUUGCUUUGUUGAAGUUGUUUGAUGCCAUGCAGUAUUUCUGUUAUGCAUAUAAAGCAGUCAGUAUUUCAAUUUUCUUUAUAUAUAUGUAUACAUAUACAGUACAGAUAUGUGGAAUACCGUACAUAAUAUAGUGAGCUCUUCUCACUUUUAAUUAUUUAGGCAUGUAUGUGCUGCAGUCCAAGACAUUGUACUUAGCGUAUUUUUUACUCUGCAUCUUUUUGACAUUGUCUAUAAAUGAGAUGUAUUUAUUGUAGUCUUUAAUUGUAAAAUAAAAGCUUUUCCUAGUAAGUAAAA